GAGAGUAGACACUGUCAAAAAAUCUCCUCAUAAACCAAGUUGGCCAUCAGACAUGCUCAGCAAAACUAAGAAGCAACAAGUGCUAAUAGAAAAAAAUCACGGAGAGAGCUCUCUACAGAGCUUGGGAGAGAGAGAUAUGGACGCUUCGCUUGUAUCAGCGAAACCCCAUGCCGUGUGCGUCCCAUUCCCGGCGCAAGGCCACAUGAACCCCGUACUAAAGUUGGCCAAAGUCCUCCACGCCCAAGGCUUCCACAUCACUUUCGUCCUAACCGAAUUCAACUACCGUCGCCUGGUUCGUUCGCAGGGCCCAGAGGCUGUUCAGGGACUUGACAACUUCCGCUUCGCUUCCAUCCCCGACGGCCUCCCCUUCUCCGACGAAGAUGCUACACAGAACAUCGCUGAUCUCUGCGAAUCCGUAAUGACGAACUGUCUCAGUCCCUUUCUUCGCCUCCUUGCCAAGCUCAAUGAAGAGGCUUCGUCGGGUGCGCCACCAGUCACUUGCAUCGUUUCGGAUGGCGCGAUGAGUUUCACCCUUGACGCAGCCCGCGAGCUCGGCGUCCCAGAGAUCCUUUUCUGGACCACCAGCGCCUGCGGCUUCCUUGCCUACCUCCAUUUCCAGCAGCUCGUUGAUCGCGGCCUUGUUCCUCUAAAAGAUGAAGCUGACUUAAGAAACGGAUUCCUUGACGCUGAAGUUGAUUGGAUCCCGGGACUGAAGAAAGGCAUGCAACUCAAGUACUUCCCCACCUUCAUUCGCACAACUGAUCCCGACGACAAGAUGCUCAACCACAUUCUGUACGUUACAAGCAGAGCUUCCAUGGCCUCAGCUAUCGUGCUCAACACCUUCGAAAUCCUCGAGGCCCCUGUCCUCGUCGCACUACAGAAGCUCCUCCCGUCCGUCUACGCCAUCGGCCCACUAUCGCUCCUCGGCCGACGCCUGAUACCAAGCGACAGCCCACUUGCCGCCAUCAGCACAAGCCUGUGGAAGGAGGACGCAACAUGGCUAGACUGGCUCGACGGCAGGGAGCCUCAGUCGGUCGUCUACGUCAAUUUUGGAAGCAUAACUGUUAUGAGCAAGGAGCAGCUCGUGGAGUUCGCAUGGGGCCUCGCCAAUAGCGGCUUUAACUUUUUAUGGGUGGUCCGGCCGGACCUCUUGAAGGGAGAAUCCGCCGUGCUGCCGCCAGAGUUCUUGGAAGAGAUUAAAGAGAGAGGGAUGAUGACGAGCUGGUGCGCGCAGGAGGAGUUGCUCCGCCACUCGGCAGUGGGUGUCUUCUUAACACACUCGGGCUGGAAUUCGACAUUGGAGAGCUUGAUUGCUGGCGUGCCGAUGAUAUGCUGGCCGUUCUUCGCGGAGCAGCAGACUAAUUGCUUUUAUUCAUGCACGGAUUGGGGUGUGGGGAUGGAGAUUGACAAUCGUGUGAGGAGGGUGGAGGUGGAGGGAUUGAUAAGGGAGAUGAUGGCGGGGGAGAAGGGGAGGGUGAUGAGAAAGAAGGCUUUGGAAUGGAAGGAGAGUGCAGCCAAGGCAAUUAGUCCGAUGGGGAGCUCUUCAGUCAAUGUGGAGAAGAUGAAGGAGGUGCUUUGUUCGAGCAAUCAUUGAAGCCAUAGUUGCCUAUGUACGAGCUCUUGUGAUCCAAUAUUGUUGAUUAUUGAAAGCGCUGGGAUAUCCUUUCACUAGUUGUAUCUGCACGAGAAAAUUGCUUGAAUUGAUAAAUAUUGCAUUUGGCGUUUCCUGCUGUCAAGGAAAUGUUUGAGUCUA